CUUGCGCAAGCUCUCCGUCUCCCGUGUCUCGCAGCAGCCGUUCGCGCGAGUAUAAUAUCGUACAUUGUUUCGAUCUCUUUUUAUUUCGCCCGCGACGAUGUGUCGUUCCGUCACUCGUUGAAUGUGUGCCACGAUCGUCGUCUUCAAAGGAGCAAAAGUAAUGAUCACGUUCUCUAGUCGCUGAGUAGGCAGACGUGGUCUCUCUUGUGCACGUGUUACACGUACAGUAGAUAACCUUCCAGAGAGCGAUUCGGAGUUGAAAGUUCACAUAUAGAGGAGCAUGCUGCUACUGACAUUCUACAUAAGAAUCUCGGACGUACUGAUUCGCCUGCAGUUCCGCUGGUGAUCUCGAGUAGCUACCUGUGCGCGCGGGCUUGUAUGGCCGGCCGGGAGUACUAGUGCUCUCGCGGACGCGAAUAGCGCACGUGUCACGCAAUGAAAAACAGAUGCCGGCCGAUCAUGUGAUUUAUCGCGCUGCUCCCUGAUUCACCACCACCACCACCAGUGCUGUCUCUCUCGCUCUUCUCUUUCCACCUUCCCCCGUCUCUACGUCUCUUUCUCUGUCCUAACCGUCGUCCCGAAGAGAAGAAAGCCGCGAGUGAGGAAGAAAAAAAUAAAAACAAAGUUUGCAAGGGAGGAACGAGGCAGUGCUUGCAUACUUAAACAUAUAGCUGGUGCGCGCGUGUGUGCGGAAGACGAGCAGAGGAGGAGGAAGAUGGCACCGCCGGAGAGACACCGGCCGAACACCUGCUGCUGCUACCUUCUGAUUUUGCUCGGAUUUAUCGGAGCGAGCGGAGCGCGCGAGAUCGGCGAGACGCAGGUCGACACCCACGAGGGCUCGACGGUCAUUCUGCGAUGCCGGUUCGAGCCGCCGCGGGACAACGCCACCUUCUUCUGGCUGACGCACACGGGCAACGCGCACGACAACGCCGCAAUCGAGAACACGGCUCUGGCGCCCUACUACUCGGUCUACAUGCAGCCGGAGAAGGGCCGCUACGACCUGGAGAUCCGCAACGUCUCGUACGAGCGCGACAACGGCAAGUACGAGUGCCGCGUCAAGGUCAGCGGUACCGGUCGCAACCUCUACCACAAGAACAUCACGCUGACGGUGCUGCGCCCGCCGAGUCCGCCCACGAUCCUCCCGGUCGCGGCCGUCGCCCGCGAGGCCGAGAAGCUCGAGCUGACCUGCAACACCAAUGGCGGCAGCCCCGAGCCCGAGAUCCGCUGGUACCGCGGUGACUCGUCCAACGUCCUCCACACCGGCAAAACUUACGUCAUGAUCCCGACCAAGGAGGACGACAAGUCCUUGCUGAAGUGCGAAGUCCACAACAGGGCCAUGCGUCCUAACGAGAUCCUCUCGGCCAGCAUGACCCUCGACGUGCAGUACUUCCCCCGGGUGUCCGUCGGCACCGAGAACCCCCUCAAGGUCGAGGUCAACAGCACGGCCACGCUCCAGUGCAUGGUCAACGCCAAACCCGUCGUCAACUCGGUCCGCUGGAUCAAGGACAACAGCUUCGUCGGCACGAGCCUCAAGCACAUCAUCCCCAAGGUCACGCUGCAGGACGCCGGCAAGUACACCUGUCAGGCCGACAACGGCCUCAGCACCAAGGGCGAGAGCUUCCUGCACCUGGACGUGCUCUACCCGCCGACCGUCGUCAUCGAGGGCGAGAAGGUCAGGACCGCCGAGGUUGAGGACACCGUCACCGUGCACUGCAACGUCUCGUCCAACCCGCCGCCCACCACGAUCGAGUGGCUCCGAGAAGGUCGACCGGAGUUCCGCGUGGAAGGCCAUAUCCUGCGACUGAUCCGCGUGUCGGCCGACAACGCUGGCAUCUACACCUGCCGAGCCAUCAACUCGAUCAGCCCGUCGGGAGGCCCGAGCAAGAACCACUACGCCAUGGCCAGCGUCGAGAUCCGCGUGCGGCACAAGCCGGGUCCGGCCAGCAUCUCGCCCGACUCGCCCAUCGCCGCCGAGAACUCCAAGGUCAUCCUGACCUGCGUCGCCAACCCGCCCGGCUACCCGGAGCCGCAGUUCCAGUGGUCCCGCGCCAGCGACAACGGCAUCUCCGCGGCCGAGCACAUGGGCUCCAAGUACGAGAUCAACUCGGUGCACCUCAGCAGCGAGGGCAUCUACCGAUGCCAUGCCUUCAACGAGAUCGGCAACGGCGAGUCGGCCUCGGUCAACCUGACCGUCACUCAGCCGCCCAAGAUUCUCAGCAAGCUCCAGCCCCACGUCACCAGGAAGGUCGGCGAGUCGUCGUUCCAAGUGUCCUGCGUAGCAUCCGGCAAGCCGAAACCGUACGUGCGCUGGCUGAAGGACGAUCGCGAGCUCACCGCUGACCAGAGCCUCUACAAGGUCACCACGAUCCAAUCGGAGGGCCACGGCCGCGUCGUCACCGUCAACUCGACGCUCAAUUUCCUGGGCAACGCCCGUCCCGAGACCGACAAGAUCGUCGCUACCGACCGGGGCAAGUACACCUGCGUAUUCAGCAACGACAACAUCAAGGUCGUCGAGUCGCAGAUGAUCCUGAAGGUCGAGCACCCUCCGAUCAUGCUUCACCAGUACGACAAGGUCGCUAACGGCCUGCGCGAGACCGCGAACGUGACCUGCAAGGUCCAGGCCUGGCCCAAGCCCGAGUUCCAGUGGAGCUACGGCACGAACCUCGCACCGCUCCAGGGCUCCUCCAGUGACGGACACUACGAGAUCUCCACCUUCGCCGACGAAGACGACGUCUACACGUCCGUCCUGAAGAUCAACAACAUCCGCGAGUCGGACUACGGAGACUACAACUGCCGAGCAGCCAACGCUCAGGGCAUGCUCGUCUCGACCAUCAAGCUUCAACCAAAGGGCGCACCCGAGCGUCCGACGAACUUGAGAGCCGUAGACACCGGACCGACCCACGUGGCUCUCGCCUGGGACUUGGGCUUCGACGGCGGUCUGACCAUCGACAAGGCCUACGUCUGGUACAGGAGAGUCGCGGGAGGAGACGAGGUCAUAGCCGCCGACUGCGCGCCACCUCGCGGACCCGCCGGUCAGUGGCAAGAAUACCCGUUGUGUAGGAAAUCCAAUCCCUGCAACGUCCCCGAUCUGGAGCAACACCAGACUUACGCUUUCAAGGUGAAAGUCGUCAACACGGCCAACCACUCGGACUUUUCCGAAGAGACCACCGCCACAACGGCCGUAGCCAAGAUUCCGGCUCCACAGCGCGUGAGCUACGACCCAGAAAGCGGUACCCUGGCGAUCAACGUAGGCCCGACCUGCUUGGCUCUCGUCGCCUCCAUCGAGAAGUCCGACUCCGGCUCGGACAACACGUGGCGCAUCGUCGACGACUGGCCCCUGGAGGUGCUCGGAAGUUCCGCCACGCAACGUGAGGGCAUUCUCGAUGACCCCGCAGCCUCGAGCUCCGAGCCCAGGAUCAGGGUGAGGUUCUGCCUGAAGGCCGAUCGCCAACGUUGCGGCGAUUACGUCGAAGCCGAGAUCGGACCCUCUUACAUCGCGCACGCCGGUGCACUGGCAACUCCAACUUUAAUUGCUCUCGUGGUAAGCGGAGCCGUAUUCCUAUUGUUCGCUGCGUUGCUGCUUCUGUUCUGCCGGUGCCGCAGGAAACAUGCUGCCAAAGCCAAAGACUACGAGAUGGAUUCGAAUGCAGUAAGGCCGAGCCUGGUAACCGGAAACGGUCAGCAGACGCAAGCGCCGCCGCCUUACUACGCCGAGAACAAAGCCCUGGAACACAGCCUGGAUCACGCGCUCGCUCUCGAGGACAGCAAGACGCCGGCUUACGCCCAGACCGGCUACGGAUACCACCAGCCGAAUCAUAACAUCAAUGGUGAGAAUAAUGGUGUUAACAUGGGCUACAUGGAGAACAGCUACUCCAACUCGAACAACGGCGGCUCGGUCAACUCGCAGGACUCGAUCUGGCAGAUGAAAUCUGCGGCGGCGGCUAACGGCGUUGGCGUCAACGCCGGUCAAGUCGGCGUGGUCGGCACCCCCUACGACAUGGGAGGCUACGCCACCACCGAGUCCGAUUACCCGGCCCACCCGCAUUACCUGCCGCAGCGCGAAGAUUACAGGGAGAGCCACAAUCUGAGUCGGCAGCAAUUUUGCGAGCCAUUCGCCACGGUUGUCAAGUCCCAGAAGCAUGUCGAUUCACCAUACGACGUGUCAGGUCUUCCCUACCAGGAGAACUACGACGAGGACAGCAAGCCACCGCAGCAGGUGAGCCUGUCGUACGACGAGUCGCUGGAGUCGGGCUACUCGACCCCCAACAGCCGGGGUCGUCGCAUCAUUCGUGAAAUAAUAGUCUGAGAUCAGCCUACCGGCUCGCGAGCCGGAAAAUCGCGGACCACCUGGCUCUAGCAGCAGGCCCCCCACUCACACCUUCUCCAGCACGUGCAGCAGCAGCCGGCCAGCACUAGCGGCGGCCACCACAUGGAGAUCGUCAUCGAGAGCGAUCCCCUUUACCGACCCUCCAGCACGAGCCCGGCGCCCGGCGGCGGCGGCUACCUUCGCUCGCCCGUCACUGCCCAGCCGCCUCUCGUCAGCUCCAGCAACGCCUUCUACUACGCCACCCUGCCCCGCGGCAAUCGGCUCGCCGGACCCGUGCAGGACACGCUCGACGGUGCGCCAACCACCACGUCCGUCAGGCGGGUAGACAAGUCCGGUCUCCUAGAGAUCUCGGACCUCGAACCCCCCAGCACCGGGCGCAGACUCCUCACCGGGGCCGAGAGCCACGUCGGCACCCUAUCCAGGCGAAGAGACCGAUCGGGUCUGCUCGAGGCCGUGCCCGAGGUGCCCGACCAGUGCAGUCACCCGCGACUCGCCUCCGAGGAGCUGCUCGCCGCGGCGGCCACUGCCAGGUCGAUGGUCGAGCGACAGCAGCACCUGCUCGGCGCCGAGACCGACAUAGUCGAGUCGGCGCUGCUCAGGCGACGCUCCUUCGCCACGACCGAGUCCUCGCAGGACUCCACCUCGACAUCGAUGAGCCUGCGGGAGAACGAGGCCGAGCCGAGCAACAACAACCCCGCGACGCGGAGUCAGCCCCGGGUCAAGUUCGCCCCGAUGGACGACAGCUGCAACACGAUCCUGCCCGCCUCGACGAACCUCGACGAGAUCAAGGAGUCCCAGCCCAGCCGGAAGAGCAGCGUCGUCGAUUGCCUCGGGAGGCUGAGUCCGCGACAACGCGACAAGCACGCAACGAUGACUCUGUCUAACAUUCCGGACGUGAUCGAGACCGCGGCGACGACGACUUCCGGCUCCGGACCCGAGGGCGAGCGCGCCGAGGCCGAGGGCUGCGAACACACGGCCAUCGAGAGCCUCGAGGAGGGUCGCGUGUCCUACAAGGGCGCGACCACGACGACUGGCUCGGCCAACAGCAAGUCGGGCCACAACGACAACAUACAAGCCGUGCACGUCAUCAUACUGUCCGAGCAGUUGUGAGGUCGGCUUUGGCCCGGUGACUGAGCGAACUCCGUGUUCAAGCAAUACUGGGUAUGAGCGGCCGCGAGGGAGGUAGAGACGAACGCGGCACACCGUGCGCCUUUGGCUACUUUGAAGUAUACGGCUUUUGUUGUAGAGUUUUUGCGUUUUUAAUCUAAAUCUAGAAUACUAGUAGUUCGACUGACUGUGAUCGGCCCGGAAAGCAAUAUUGCCGUCACUGUUUUUAUCGUUUAUCUUAUUUCGACUGAUCGUUGUUGAUUAUUUUUUAAAGCGCAUUGCGCUUACUGCGGUAUAACAUAAUCAAAAAGUGCCUAUUUCAAAAUAAGCAAAGGUGCCCGGGAUCGUGUCGGACGGCUCGAAAAGGCCAAGCUCCUGGCGGAGAUACCACGAUAUUUUAAUUUUAUAGAAGACGAAGAUCCUCUGCAUGCAACUCUGCGAAGAGCUUGGAAUUUUCAGGGCGCGGGGCGGACAUUCAUCGCGAUUUUUCUAAGAGAAUGAUCUUUUUUUACACUGACGACGGCGUCGCGUUACACAUAUGGACUGAGGCGAAGGAGAUUAGUAUAUACGGUGACCUGACGCGAUGAGUUUACCCGCCGCCGCUGCCCUCGCUCGCAUCUCCCGCCUCGGCGAAAACCCUGAACCUAUAUACACGUAACGCUGUACAUGUACUUCGAUACUUUCUCGUUUUCAUCGCUCGUAUAAGGUUCGCGCGCACGCGACGAGCUCUCUCGCUCGGUUUCUUGUUUAUACAUAGAACGACGAGAGAACGCAGUGUAUUAUAUUGUAAUUAUAGAAGACGACUACUCACACGAAAACUUACGCAGGAGACACGGAUAGACCGAGAGACACGAUUUUUUUUUAUUAUUUACCGUGUACGAGCGGACGAAGUUGAACGAAAAACUUACGAAAAAAAGAGGCCAUUGACUUUGAAUCUCAAAGUUUCAGAGUUCUUUUGAACAAACAAAAAAAAAGUAUAAGAGAGAAGAGUAAUGAUACAGCUCGCGCGGGUACUUGAUUAUAUAGUUAUUAUAUAGUGAGGUACAUAUAGAUUUAUAUGUGUGUGUGUAUAUGUUGAUGUAUAUGUGUGUACGUGAUAUCGACUUUUUCUAGGAAAAACGAACAAACAAAUACAGUAUAUAAACGAGAGAUGCGCCGGACGACGAAAAGAACGAAGACUGCCCCGCGGCAGAGUCGAUACUUAAUUAAAGCGUAAUAACUUAUAAGACACACACGUCUUUCUCCAGUUUAUUUUUUAAUUUCUAUCCUCAUCAUUGAUGAAUAUCAUCGUUCGCUAGAGAAAAUCGAGAUACUCUACGAUUUAUCGAAGCCCCGGUCAAGACGAUGCGUCCUCGUGCUCGGUUUUCGGAAUGCCGUCAAUUUCCGCCCUGAAUCGAGACGACGUUAUUUGCCCUUGCCUCGCUUCGGCGCGGAAUUUUUUUCAUACUCGCCAGUGCACUCUUUUUCCUUUUGCUUUGCUCAGACUCGCUCUCGGGGGCUACGCUGAAUCGAUACGAAAACACAUACAGACACCCCGGAACGAACGUGAUAUGGAAUUUUUUAUUUAAUUAAUUUUGUUUUACUCUAUUUAUUGCGCUGGUGCAGCUCUUAGUUGUAAUCAAAAAGAUUUUUUUAUCGCGUUUAUCACGUGUAUUUUUAUAUAUUUUUUUAACUUUAACGUAAACGCAAAUUACUAAAGAUGGCCUAAUUUGCUCUUCUGAAAGAAGUCCGCCCCCACGUUCGUUCUCCGCGUCUGCACAUCGAUUCGCCGGAGUCCUCUUCUCGAUCACACAAACGUCAACGUUCCUACGCCGUAUUUCGAAAAAUGAUUCACACGCGAAGGGAGAGAACGGCUUCCGACGCGGAAAACUCGUGCUCGGCUCUCGCGCACGGGCACAUAAAAGGGCAUAUCUCUCUUUCUCUCGGUAUAAACUCCGAUGAAUGGACUCGAUAGAGUCGAUUCGUCUCGUCGUUUAUUUUCUCUCUCGCGUGUGUAUUACUUAACGGGAAGACGAACGGCGGCGCAUCCUUGAUCGGCGCUUGGGUAUAUUUUAUACUUUUAUAUCUUGAACGAACUCUGCUCGAGAGAAACGCCGCGACGAGCAGAAGCAAAAUGCGAGUGAGAGAAAAUGUGCAAGACAAGCUUUGCGUGCGAGACAUAUAGCGAUGAGAGAGCAAAUAUUAUAACGUAAGAUGAGUGAUUGUGAUCCAAGAUUUAUAUUUAUCGAUGUGACGUGAUUGAUAUCGUGAAUAAGAUAGCCUUUAUAUUAUAUGCAUAUAGAAAGAAAAUCUAUAUAUAUUAUAUAUAUAUUAUUGUACUAAACAAAAGAAAAACACACAAGGACAAGCAAAAGCAUGAACAAGCGAUGUGCUAGGAUGUGAGAGAUUGGACAGAAGCUCGUGCUGAAAUCGGCGGCGAACAUUUUCCACGAUUAUACGCGCGAGAAGAACGACACGACGUGUUUUAGCCCACCUGCGUAACUUUGCGAGAGAUGUAUUACUCGGUCGCGUUGUAAAUAUUAGCUUGUAAGUGACUCUCCCAAUUCUUUUUUUUUUACGUUAACUUCUUCGCAUGUAGGGUAUGGAGAGCGCGCGCGCACGACGAUUGUAUCGGACGUUAUGUUCUUCAUCGAAGCGUUGUAUUAUCCGUUGCUUUCAUUCGUUACACACUGAGCGCCCGAAAGCCGCUCCACACGUAGCCGUUUCAGCCCGAGAGGGAAACCUUCUCGCGACGUCGCUGGUUCUAUGACUUUCUUUUAUUAUUAUUAUUAUUAUUACUCUAUUAUCUUGCGUUCGUUGUAUUAUUUUUUAUCAUCAUUAUUAUUAUUAUAAUUUUUUUAUCCCAUCAUUGUAUGUGCGCCGUGUGUGCGUGGAGUUUGAUGAUAUUGUUCGCUCGAUGGCAUCGCGCUGCGACUCUUCGCUCGAUGAUUUUACAGCAUCGGUCAUUUUGUUGUUAUGUGUAUAUAUCGAGACGACAAUUGAUUAAGAAAAAUUGUUAUCUAGAUAUCCGAUAAGUGUAAGACAUCAGUCAAUUAAGCGUUGUUAUAUAAAAAAAAUACAUCAUUGAUUAAUAAAGUCUAGGGUUACUAUAAAGUAUAAAGUACUCAAACAUUUUAUUUCUCUGACCUAAACGAACACCGUUGAAAUUUUUUCAUCGAGACUUGCAUAACCGAUGGUUUACAUGGAUAACUCUUUAUUUCGACGGCAAAAACUUUGACGAGCUUUGAAGCAAAGCUCGCGCACGUCACUCAACUCGAGAGAAUAUCCGUAUGAACCAGUACGGUAUGCAUUAUAUAUACGCAGAGUAUAUUUCUGAAAGCCAUUUUGAAAUCAAAAAUAAAAGUAAAUUUUAUCCAGUUCACGUAGACGCGCGUUCGCGAACUCUUUUCUAUAAUAUCUCCUACAACGCUCGCACGCAAUUUUAAUGCUAUAUCCACGAUAUACGAGAGAUAUUAGGCUAACUUGCACAUCUGCGAUCUUAAAGCUGUCGUUCGUAAGCGUCUGAAAAAGAGAAUAUAAAAUAAAAAUCUAAAAAAAAAUGAAUAACUUACGGGAAAUAUACAAUAUUGAAUCCCUAGAAACUCCGCCGAUCUCGCAUUAGUUAUUUUCGAUGCUAUCAGAGUCACGGGCCGAAGAGGAGAAGCGCAAGCGCGGUGAAAAAUCCACGAGAUACCUGAUGUUGUACAUCGCCAACGUUGUUGAAGUUAUUAUUUUUCUACGAUUCAAUGUGAUCUCAUUUUCGCUCGUAUAGCGCAAAAAAUUAAAAAAAGAAAAACACUUAUAUGAAUGGAAACACGCGCUUCGCCAAAUGCGAAUCCUUCGAUUUUCAAGCUCUUGCAUGAGAUGUAGGCAAAGGAAUGUAAGAGACGAGAAAAAGCGACGCUUCGCCAAUAGCACUGUUGUUAAUUAUUAUCCUCGCCUCGAUCAGGACUCACGCACAUGCAUCUUUCAAAGAGAUUACUAAGAUACACAAAGAGAUACAGUAGAGUAGCUAUAAAAAAAAAUACAAGAGAGAAGCGAUUUAUAUCACUCGCCUAUUAUUAUUAUACAUAUUAAAUAUAAAUAUUAUAAAUAUAUAUAUAUGUGAACGUUCCACGGCAUUUCGUCGAUGCUCGAGCGUCUGCAGCUUGAAUAUAUCGCGUGGCCUCCUGCGGUUUCCACCGUCCGACACGAAUCCCCGAAGUUUGCACGAAAGCUCGGCUGCUCGUAUUAUGUACUUCGGUAUAGGACUAAACAGCGUUUUUUCGUAUAUAGUAAGUGUCGUGAGUCGCUUUUUACGUAUUUUCAAUUAGCUUGAAUUUAACGAGAUAGAGGGAAAAAAUGUAAUAAUUGUGUACUUCUAUGACUUUUCGUGCAAACUUCUUGGGUUUUCUGGAAAGAGCUGGGAAUCUUGAGGAACGCGUUGCGACCAAUUAUAGUUUUGCAAGAGAGUUCUCGUAUGGGUGGGAGAGAGAGAGAGAGAGAGAGAGAGAGAAUGCAAACAAUUAUACUGCCAGAAACAAGGAACUUGUCGAGAAUUUAAAAUAGAGAGGCGAAGAGAAUGUGUGCGUGCGAGUGAGUGAGAAACGUAUAGAGGAAAGUAUAACUUGUAUACUAACGUCAUAUUUUUUCAUGAUACAAUAACAAAAAAAGAAUAACACGAGAGAAAGAGAAGAAAUCCUAAAAGUGUUGAGAGAGAGAGAGAGAGAGAGAGAGAGAGAGAGAGAGAGAGAGAGAGAGAGAGAGAGAGAGAGAGGAAUAGGAAAUGGGCGAUUUUAGAAGGCGCACCACCGGUCGAGCAUCGACGAGGUCGGAUUAUUCAUGCGCGCGAAGGAGAGAAGGGAAACGAAAGAAGCCCAAGUCCACACACACACACACACACACACACACACACACACACAUCGAUUCAUCGCAUCAUCCAUACAUUCGACUUACCUUGUAAAAAAAAUAUUGCUGAGAUAUGUAUAUAGGAAAAAAAUGACGAAAGACGAACGAAGGUAACGUCGUGCGAAUAUUUAACUGCAACAUUAUUGAUUAAGGUUAUAAGGAUAAACGUAACAUAAUGUAAAACAAAAACGAUUAAGAAAGACAGAGAGAUAUACGAGGAAACUAAGCAAAACAAGAGAAGGCGCGAGCAAACUAAAAAAAGGGGCCCAAAAUUUGUCGGGCUGUCGAUAAAAAACGCAAUUCUUCAUUUUAAAUAUUAUACAUAGGCGUCAGCGUUCUCCAGCGUGGAGGACGUGUAAAACACAAUGGGAGAUGAACCAUUUAUAUAUACAUACCUAUAAGUGUCUGCGAUUGCAUGCGAUCCUUGUGUAUAUGGUUACGUAUAUAUAUAUACAUAAAUAUUGUUUUUUACCUUUGUAAACCGCUGAGCGCGGUCGGUGUGCGCGACGAGCGCCGCUAUUGUCUUGCUAUACCGGGCGGCCGUUCUUUUAAUUUCUUCCCUUCGUUUAUUAGGCCAAGCGAAAUUUCGUAAUAUCUCUCACGGAUCCGACGUAACUUUCCUCUGUUCAAUAUUUGAACAACCGCCAAUCUUGUAAUUGCGCUUUUCGCGAGAAUUCGUGCGACUUUGUAAAUACGACAGUUUGAGAUGGAGAGAUGUCAGCGUGCGGAUAACAGACUAUUCGAGUAAUCAUUAUUAUGGCUUAUUAUUAUUAUUGAUAUCAUUGCGUAUUAUUAUUUGUACAAAUUUUACGUUGCAAUAUGAAAUAAAUGAUGAAUUCCCAGUUGA